UAAACUUGGUAAGUCACUUUUUCACUCAAAAACCUUAUGUUACCAGUUUGUCAUGGCAAAUAGUUACAUAAUGUUAAUGAGUUUAGAGUCCAAUGAUCCAUGAGUAGCCUGCAGAGAAACUUUAUAACUUAGAAGACACUAAUCUGAAAGCUUUAUUCUUACACUACUUUAAUUUUGAGGGUUGUUGGAUUGAGCCCUCAGAAUAUAUGAUCAUUGUAUUAAAAUUUUUCUUACAUGCAGAAGAAUUAGAUGUGUGUGAAUACUUGUAUACAGUAUGAAAGCAAGACAACAGGGUGACAUUUUUGGCUUAAUUACAAACAGCUUGAGGUAGAACAGGUGCACAGACUUAUAGGCAAAAUUAAAGUCCUAAAACAUCUUAAUCGCCUAAAUGGCUGCAGAACACACUCACACAGACACCAAAUACAGUAUUUGUAAACAAGCAUCAUGCCAUAGUUUAGGUGUUAAAAGCAAGAGCCAAAUAUCAAAUUCAGUGAACAGAGGUAUAAAACAAAUUGGGCUUUGAAAUCACUAAACAGCUGAAGAUACAGAAGAAGCCUUACACUGCUCAGAUAUUAAACUAUAGGCCACAAACUAAACUAUAAUUUCAUAUCUGUAUUUCAGCAGAAAGUUCUUUUCCACAGAGGUUUAAGAAGAAGAAAUUGUCUUUCUAUUCAAAGCUCUCAGAAUGUAAAUUGUUGCCAAAUGUGAUGAGUUUAGAGUCCAGCGAUCCAUGAGCAGUCUGCAGAACGACUUGCAAACUUGUUCAACACUACACUCAUCUGAACAUUUUAACUAUGAGGGUGUUUCAUGUGUUGGAACGAGCGUCUACAUAUAUUAUGAUCAUUUUCUUUUGUGUCUCACAUAUUUGAUUAACCCAGCUACAUCUUUUUUAGUUAGUGAAAGUCAGCUUUAAAACUAUUAGUUGCUGAAAGAUUAUUUGCUAUUUUGAGACCACUGCCUACAAACUGGGAACUGAGUAAUGAAUGAAACAGAAUAUACAUAUAUACUCAGUUGCAAGUUUUUAGUUGCAUCUAGUUAGACAUUUACAUUUACUCAAGUACUGUACUUAAGUACAAUUUUUGAGGUACUUGUACUUCGCUUGAGUAUUUCCAUUUUAUGCUACUUUAUACUUCUAGUCCACUACAUUUUGGAGGCAAAUGUUGUACUUUUUACUCCGCUACAUUUAUUUAAUAACUUUAGUUACUAGUUACUUUGCAGAUUCAGAUUAAUAAUACAAAAUAUAAUCAACUAUUAAAUUAUGAUAUGUUAUUAUUGAUUACUGAAAGAUACCCAGCAGAAUAUAAAGUAGUUGAAAUAAGCUCCAACAGCUGCAACAUUAAAGUGAUGAACACAUUAACGCAUCAAUAAUUAUAAUACAAUAAUAUAAUAAACAUUAUGCUGAAAUGGGCCGUCCUGCUCGAGUACUUUUACUUUUGGCACAUUAAGUACAUUUUGAUACUAAUACUUUUCUACAUUUACUGACAAAGAUUUUGAAUGCAGGACUUCUAUGUAUUUUUACACUGUAGUAUUACUACUUUUACUUAAGUAACUAUUCCACCACUGGUUCCACCUGUGUUUUUCCUGCUAUGACCUGUAAAAUGCAGUGAAAAAGGUUUAUGGUGUGUCUCAAAUGUCCACUAUAUCGUGUGUUGGCCAUUUUGAAGUGUUGUCUCAAUGUCAAGUCAGAAUUAUUAUUACCUCUUCUAUUAUCUCACAAUGCAUUGUAAAAAGUAGUGUACGAUCAACUAACUGAGGGCUAACAACAAUCACCAACAGCCGAUUUAGAGCUUUGGCAAUGAAAGACAGUUUGCAUUAAAAUUCUGUUAAGAGUUAAACAUUUUGGACCAAACAAGACUAAGAGUCUACAGCCAUGCUAGCAGUUCUGUGAAGCUGUACUUAAGCAGUGUUUUGAGCUAAAUGCUAAGGCUAGCAAUGACGACGCUGACAUGUUGAUGUUUAGCAGGUAUAAUGUUUACCAUGUUUACCGUAGUCAUAAGGAUUCAUCUUCUGGGGAACAUGAACGCCAAAUUUAGGGCAAUCCAUCCAGUACGUCCACAUAGUUAUAUUUCAGUCAAGACCAAAGUGGUGGACCGACCAACAUUUCUGUCCCUGGAGCCAGUGGUGGAAGAAGUAUUCAGAUCAUUUACUUAAGUAAAAAUAGCAAUAGUAAAAAAAAAGUUAAAUUUACUAUAUAGCCCAAUAUCACAAAUUUGCCUCAGGGCGCUUUAAAUAUUUUAAAUACUGUUGCACAAUCUGAAUAAUGCAUAAAAAUAGACAUUGUACAGUCAAGAUUUUAUUAGACACGUCUUGCACAGUGUGAAGAUGAAGAUUGCUGUUAUCACACAGUGUGUAGGGGCCUUUACGUUGUAGAAUACAUCUUGUGAUGCACCUGGACACAUCAUCAGUGAUGUUACCUGGGGUCAUCGGGUGUUUCAGGUCUUUCAACAAUCAGAUACUCUAAUUCACAGCCACCUUGAGGCCAUUUUGGCUGCCUCACUGCCUGCAGGCCCCUGUGAUGCCUAGCGAGUUGUUGGCCCUGCAGAGGGAGAGACCUGCAAACCCUCGAUAUCCCACGUUGAUGGGCUUGCACCUUGCUCGCCACCCGUUGCUGCGGCAUUGCUCCACCAGCUCAGUAUACUUUGCCCUCUUCCUCUCAUUGGCCUCCUCAAGGCAAUCCUCCUCAAGGCAAUCCUCCUCAAGGCAAUCCUCCCACGGGAUGGUGAUUUCUAAGAGGGUGUCUUGCUUGGAGGCUACCGAGAGUAGCACCAUGUCUGGCCUCUGGGAGCUUAAGUUGCCACCCCAAGUCAACCUUCAGUUGCCACUUGCAGUGGCUGAUUGCAUCACAGAUAGUGUCCGCUAUCUUCAGGACUUGGUCAUGGUGCCAACGAUGGCGCGCCUCUCCCAGGGCCUUCAAACUGCAAGCCGAGGAUGUGCUCUAGCAUGCCUAUCUUCAGGCACAAGGGGCAAGCUGGUGACUUCACCUUCCCUCAGCAGAACAAGUUGGAUGGGCUUGGUAGAAUGUCAGAAACAGCCUGGACCAAGAAUCUGAGUUGAUGGGGCUCAGCUUACCACAGAUUCAGGAUCCACCUGCACCCUGGGCCAGAUGUAGUUGUCACAGUCAGGUCAUCCAUGAAGGCCUUGAUGGGGCUGUUGGACACCAGAGUUGUUCAAUCAAAGUCAGCAUGGACAAGACUGCGUUUGUGAUACUCCUGUUUACAGGUUUCUGCGUCGCCUCUGCUUCCUUUCCAAACAUCUACUACUUUGUCAGAGAGAAGAUGACUUGGCAAAAAGCACGAGCCUACUGUAUCUCUGAGCAUACUGAACUGGUCCAAAUACUUAGUACAGAAAACGUGACCACAAUGAUGAACACUCCAACCAGGGGAUACACAGACAAGGCCUGGAUGGGACUGUACGAGAAUACUACAAAAUGGACGUGGGUGGACGAAACAAUCGCCAAAUAUUCCAACUGGAAAACUGGUCAGCCAGACAACGUUCAUGCCAAUGAGUUCUGUGUGACCAUGAAUAACGAUGGAUACUGGAACGAUUGCAACUGCUCAGAAGUGAAACCCUCUGUUUGUUAUAGUGACAAUGGCGAUCCGAAUUACCUCAUUGUUGAUAAACAAAUGAAUUGGGCGGAUGCGAAAACCAGCUGUGAAGAGAAUGGUUUAACUCUGGCCACCAUCCCUGAUGGAAAAACAAAUUCUGAAAUCCAGAAACAGCUGUCAAGCGUUCCCGAAGCGUGGAUUGGCCUCAGCAGACCUAAACACUGGUUGUGGUCAGACACCGGAAGAAUCUACAGAUACAUAAACUGGCAACAGGGACAACCUGACAACCUGAAAGGAGGAGAAAGUUGUGCAGUCGUAGUGAUGGAAGAUGGAACCUGGGCUGACGAGCAGUGCAAAGCAGCAUACCCUUUCUUCUGCUAUGGAGUUUACAAAACAUUGAAAACAGCAGUGAGGAUGAAGAUCCAGACCAGCGCAAACAUGGAAGAUCCAGCCUGCAGUGCUGACCUGCAGCGGCAGAUGCUUGUUGACCCUGUGAGAGUAACUCCCAGAAAGAUGCACCACGGCAUUGUUCAUACACAGAAGGGUUACUUUACAUACAAACACGAGACAACCUAUGUGUUCAGCUCCGAGUGCCAUGGACUUGGUCCGACAAAACCCAGAGCUCCUUCAGAUCCUGGCAAAGCGGCAGACCAAAUAACUAUGGUGGUAACCAGUACUGUACAGGCAAGAAUGCUCUACAUGAAUGGGAUGACGACAGCUGUAAAAACAAGUACGCCAUCAAGCCCCUCAGGCUGCUCAGAUCUCCAGUGGUUAGACCGCAGUCCUGAUCUCCACCCACGUCACCAACCUCCUGAGUUACUCCACACAUCUGCUUUGCCCUUUGGCCCUGCCUCCAGGCCGUCCACCGAGGUUUUCUGCUCUGCACCUGUCCCGCCCUCAGGCCGUCUUCUGCUUGGCCCUUCAUGUGCUUUGCGUUCCAGCCAUUUCCCUUGUGUGUGUUCCUAGUGUUUUUGGAUUUUCUACCUCAGUUUUCGGACAUUCUGCCCGCUCCCUGUUGGAUUUGUUUGCCUGAUGGUUUUUGACCUGUUGCCUGCCUCACCAUUCCAUAAGCAUUUGUUUAUUGACUUUUUCAUUAAAUCAUUAAACUUGAAGAAAUUGUUAAAGGGACUAUUUUCUGACAUUUUAUGGACCAAAAGGUUAAUCAAAAAAAUGACGGGCAGAUGAAUCGAUAGUGAAAAUAAUUGUUAGUUGCAGCCCUACAAAAAGAUGCUACAUUCUGUAUUGUUUUGCAUAACAGCCAAUUGAAAAAUAAAUUGAACUAUUUUCAUUUUUGUGUUGAUUUUUAUGGCUGUGUGUCUUCAUUGCAGAGAAUUAUAUUGUUGCGCUUGUUCUUUGCUAUGCUAUCCAUGUUGGCAUGAAAGGGAGAUAAGGUGACCCAUUAAUACUUUCUUGUCAAAUGACUCUGACUGGCACCUCUUAAAGUUGUAAU